AUGCCUUCCAACGACGGCGUACUAGCAGUUGCCCGCUCCUUUCGAGUCCUAGUCAUUGGUGGUUCCUAUGGAGGUCUCUCCGCCUCCCUGAACCUCUGGGAUCUUUCGCGCGGCCGUCUGCCUCGAUUCAACUAUGCCUACGAUGGCCCACCUCCAGCACACCGGAUUCCCAUUCAAACAACCAUCGUGGAUGAGCGCGAUGGAUAUUACCAUCUCAUUGGAUCCCCCAAGUCGCUGGCUUGUGAGAAGCUGGCCGCGGAGUCAUGGACUCGGUUCCAAGAUAUCCCGGCACUCAAAUCUCCGAACUUCAAAAUCAUCCAGGGCAGCGUGAGCAAGGUAGAUUGUACCACCAAGGUCGCCCAUAUUACGGACACCGCGACCAAGUCGACCAUUACCGAGCCCUAUGACUACCUCAUCGUUGCCUCCGGACUGCGACGAGCGUAUCCCACCGUUCCGAAAUCUCUGCGACGGGAUGAGUUCCUCGAGGAGGCCAGAAAACAUACUGACAGUGUGCGAAACGCCCAAGGUGUUGUGGUUGUUGGCGGCGGUGCAGUUGGAGUGGAGAUGGCGGCCGAGUUGAAGAUGCUCGAGCCACAGCAAAAAGUAACAUUAAUUCAUUCGCGAGAUCGGCUUCUCUCCUCCGAGCCACUGCCCGACGACUUCGCAGAGCAGGUGUAUUCCAUCCUGCAAGAAGGAGGUGUGGAAGUGAUAUUGGGACAGCGUGUGGUCGAUACUGUCGCGAUUGACGCCGAAGCUGAUCAGCGAACGUGGCGCUUGACGCUGGGCAAUGGCCGACAAAUCACAACAGGGCAUGUGCUGAGCGCCAUUUCGCGAUGCAUUCCCACAUCCACAUAUCUACCACAACACCUUCUAGAUGAAGCGGGUUAUGUGAAGGUGAAUUCAUCAUUGCAAUUUUCGGGCGACCUUCCGCAUGCCGAACAUCAUUAUGCCGUGGGAGAUCUCGCAGCCUGGCCCGGCAUCAAGCGCUGUGGAGGUGCGAUGCACAUGGGUCAUUAUGCGGCGUUGAAUAUCCAUCAACAGAUGCUGGCUGAAUGUAGUGGUGAAAAGCCCAACUUGAAGGCUCUCAAUGCCUUCCCAGCCGUGAUUGGCUUGGCCCUUGGAACGAAGGCUGUUUCCUACACACCGGAUGAGGGAACACGGCACGGCGAGGAGCUCUUGACUGCCUUGUUUGGAGAUGAUAUGGCCAAUAGUAGCUGUCGCAAUUAUUUGAAAUUGUCGGAAGCGUGCCAGGCGUAA